GGCGUAGCCGAUGAGGAUGACGGCGACGGCGACGCAGGCGGUGCCGCCGGCGAUGAAGGGGCGGCGGCGGCCGAAGCGGGAGGUGCAGCGGUCGCUGUGGUAGCCGACGAUGGGCUGGACGAUCAUGCCGGAGACGGGGCCGCAGAGCCAGAUUAGGGAGGCGAGGGAGUGCGGGAUGCCGAGGAGCUGGACGUACGGGGUGAGGAGGGAGAGCUGGAGGGCCCAGCCGAACUGGAUGCCGGCGGCGAUGGAGGCGACGGCGGCGAUCUUGCGGAGGGGGCUGGCGGCGACGUGGGCGGUGAGGGAUUCUUGGUGGAGGGCGGCGGGCUUGCCCGGCGGCGGGGCUUUGUGAUCGGUGGCCAUGGAGGAAGGGAGCAAAGAGAGUAUUAAUUAGAGAGAGUUGAGGGAGUGAUG